AUGUUUUCAGAUGAGUCGAGGUUCACUGUGGACUUCCUGGACAAGCAUCAAACAACCCCAACCACAACUGCUGCUCCAAUAACUGCUGCUUCAACGCCUAACACCACAACCACCACCACUACAACAACAAUACCUACCACCACCACUACAACAACACCUACCACCACAACCACCACCACUACAACUACAACGCCUACCACCACAACCACCACCACUACAACACUUCCCACUACUACAACCACGACAACUACAACUAAAACACCUACCACCACAACUACAACUCCAACAUCUACCGCAACAACCACAAUCACCACCACUACAACUACAACACCUACCACCACAACUACAACUACAACGCCUACCACCACAACCACCACCACUACAACUACGGCAGCUCCGGUUACGGGACCAGUCACGUACACAUACCAUAGCACCACAAAAUCCUGGAAUGCCGCACGCACAACAUGCAUACAGAAUGGAGGUGAUAUGGCAUCACUGGACACACAGGAAAGGUUCGACGCAGUAAAGAAGUUCCUAAAUGACAGGAGAAGUUCAGGAAAGUCCAUUGCAAAUUCGCUAUUGGUGGGUAUCACCCGAAGUAGCACUGACGGGCAACUCUACUGGACUAACGGCGUCAUCAUGGACAACAACGACAAAUGGACUAGUGGAUAUCCCCGAGCGGGACAAAGUUGCGGAUAUACGUCCUUUUUCAAAGGGAUGACAUAUCAAUCCUACACAUGUUCUUCUUUUCAAUCUAGAUUUCUCUGUCAGACACCUGCUUAAGUUAAAGGUAUCUUCUAAUUGUGAAUUGAGGGGUUAGUGAUGGACAGAAUGUAUAUUUUAUCCUAAAUACCACUCAGAUAGAGAGCUUAAAUUCAUAAGAUGGACAUAAAAUUAUCAUUAUUUUAUUACAAUUUCCUUCAAAUUACUAAAUAAUCUUUUUUUCUCAAAAUACCUGACCCACACAGUGGACAUAAGAACAGAAGUUCAUUGAUAAAAUAAAUUAUCUAUACCGUUCCCUCUCUAUACACUCGCGUUCCCUCUUAAUAAUCUUCGUAUACCCUCGCAGUAAUGUCUUGUUGCACCAUGUAGAUCAGACAGGCGCUCCUUCAAGUUUGAGAAUGUUACUUGUAAGGACGUGACAUUGUGGUAAAUGUUAUCUUUAUAUUCGUGUUUUAUUUCACUAAUCUUCCCAGAUUCAAUUCAGAUGCAUAAAGAACCAGCAAUGUGAAAACUAUCUCUAUAUUGGAGAACAUUUCAAUUGUCAGCAGAUGUGUUAUGGCAUAUAUUGUCUCCUGGCGUAUAUUAAUUUUAUGUCGCUGACGACAACAUAUGCCAACGUUCACGGCACGUAUUGUCGCCAAUCGUCAUAUGUUAUCGCCGGCGACGAUAUAUGCCGGGGAUGCAGUGAUUUGAAAGCAGAUAGAUAUGACUGAUUUUUAAAUGACUCAGGAUAUUGUUAAGGCGGACACCAUUAUGGAAGAAGCUGUACAUUAUACUUUCAUUGGCCUUCAGAUUACAGUAAUUAGAUGAAAUUGUUACUUCUAAAAGAAUGGAUAUGAUCUCAUAACUGUUUUUUUUUUAAAUACAAAUUGAACUGAACAUAUAAUUCUGCGACAAGAAACCACAAUUGUUUUGUCUUAUGAAAUGGGUAGUGUUGGAGCAUACCUCUGAUACUAGCGCUGGUCAUAAGGUUAUAAGCCUGACUAACUUUCAUCUAUGGGCCAUAACAAAGUUAACUAGUCAGUGUAGUACAUUGUUUGAGUUUGAACACACAAUGGCAUUUAGAAAGAGGUCAAAUGUAACAAAUGUUAUAUUUUGGAUAAUACUUUCAAAGCGAAGUACAGAUUCACGCUCAGGAUUGGAACCCACACUGCCAGAGUGAGGCACAUAAUCGCCAGCACAAAAAGUCAACGAUCUGACCAACUCAGCCACCGAGGCUUCCACUAAAACGACUGGUAGUGAAGAUCACGAACUGUAAUUUGUGGACCCCUCUGACAAGUUGGCACGGCUCCCAGAAGAAGGGUUAGAUCGCUGACUUUGUGUGCUGGCGAGUACGGAGGGAAAAAACUGUUAACUGACUGAAAUUGAAAAAAAAUCACUAUUGAUAUGAGAAGUGUAGUGGAAAACAGGGAGAUUAUGUUGCAAAAUACAAUUUCAAACAUUUUCACAAUUAUUGGUUUUGUUUGUUAGGCUUAGAACUUUCUGACCAUCCCUCGUACACUAGUUAUAAAACCAGUUAGAUAUAUAUUGAUUGCUGUUAUGGUAUAUAUUUAUCUGUAAAACUUUGUAAUGUGUGUGUACUUUUGUAUAUGUUUAUCUAUAUGACAUUUAUUUAAACACCACUUCUAUUUUGCUAAGUAUGUUUAUUAAACUAUUCUGCACAAUAUAUGAUGUAAUAGAUUUAGGGGAGAGAUAUUUAUAGUGGGGAAAUCUUGUUUUU